AUGGCAACAUUCCAGUCACACGUCCACCACAACUUCGAACCUCCUACCUCAGACCUCCUCUUCGGCGGACGCCGAGUAUCAGAUAUCCUUCGAGAUGGAGACACUUCAAUUACCCGCCGCAACUCCCGCAAGUCCAGCACGGAUAACUCCGCCUUAACUGAGUUAGUCUACUCACUUGCAAACCGCAGCAGCAGUGACAUCCUCCCCUCACGGCUCAUCGGAGCAGAUUACGAGACCAUUUUAGAAUGGGUCAGUUCUGAGCGAAUGAGAAAGUUGCCAGCGGAGGGGAGCAGUUAUGAUAAGGCGCUGGUGUGGGCAAGGUUAUUUGUUGAGCGCUUGCAUUCGUUUGAUUUGGCUGUUGAGAGCUUCGCGGGGGAUAACCACAUGGCGGCGCAGUUGGCCUAUGUUCAUUGCGCGAGUUUACUCGGCCUCGGAGAAGAAAACUCCAGCGCUCUGCUCGACCUUUUCGGCUUCUUCUACCGCUGUUCUAUGGGCCUAGGUAACUUACUAGAUUGCGUUGAAUUAUUCAUCGUCUCUCAGAAUAUUAGAGACCAGCUGAUCUUGGCUUUGGCGGAUCUGGUCACCCUCGUUGUCGGGGUGUCUACUCACUUCCUCGACUCGCUGGGACAGUUGACAUCUGGAUCUGUGUCAAUUGACAUCUAUAGCACCUUUGCGGCACCUAUUGAGAGCUUCCGUGCCAGGUGCGACUGUGUUGCUGAGUUGAUGUGGAGUCAUCAGCUGGCGCAGGAAGGCGUGGAUACUAAAGUGGCAAAGCUCGAAACUAUCAGGCAAUGGCUUGAGCCCGAAGAUCCAGUGUUAGCAAAUUUUACCGAGAACACCGCACACUUCGCCCAGGAGCGCGAGGAAUCGACCUGUCUCUGGUUGAUGCCGUACCUCAACCGUUUUUUGAAAGGUGAUCAGCACACAAUGGCCAUCACAGGUCAGCCUGGAUCAGGAAAGUCCAUCCUGGCAACAGUCAUUAAUGACCAUCUGCAAUACCCAAUUGGGGGCGUGAACUACAAGCCGAUUUUUGUACCAAUCAAUAGUCGAGUUCCAGCCAACACAACUCCUCGCGCAGUUGCAAAAUCUAUCCUCUCCCAACUCUUCGCCGGCCGCAUUGGCAACGUAGACCUCUAUCAAAUCCUCUCAGGCGCUUGUUCCCAGUCCCAAAAGACAAUCGACAACGAAACAUACGACAAUACCCUCUGGACUGCCCUCGGAAAUGCCCUCCAAGCUAGCCUUCAAGGCGCUAAGGAACUCGUCCUCGUCGUCGAUGGCGUCGACGAAGCAAGCUGUGGCCAGUCCGCACUGCUAACUCGACUCCGGGAUGCAGCUGCUAACACAUCUAAGCUUAAACUAAUCGUGCUAGCUUCUGAGAAGGAGUCGGCAGCUACAGUUUCCAAGGCACAGACUGCAGUGCACAUCACUCCGGAAUUAAUCUUCGACGACGUGGCUGCUGUUGUCCAGAGAGCCUUUCAGGACUUUCCGGCAUUUGACCAGAUGCCCGAGGAGCAGCGGGAGUUAAACGUUACCCGUAUCACAGAGGCUGCUAAUGGCUCGUUCCUAUGGGGGAAGCUCGCGAUGAAGAAGAUUCGUGAUGAGAAUCAUCCUAACGCGGAGAGUGUGACUAAGGCCAUUGACAGCUUGUUGAAAGCAAACCUCUCCGUCUCAGACCUCGUCUCUCAUCGCCUAGGGUCAGACUUACAUGAAGACGGGAAGAAGAUUCUGUCUUGGCUCGCGACUGCGUCCCGCCCGAUGACACUACGGGAGUUAUCUGCUCUUCUCUCCGUGCAGUUGGACAAGGGCACCAUUGUGGACCAGGACAGUAACCCGCUGACUCUUCUGAAGCCGGUGACGUCGCUGGUGUUCUACCAGGGUAACAUGCUCUAUCUGCGCCAUGGCCAGAUCCGUGCAGCUAUCACUGAUGCAUCCACGAAGGGCUCCCUCUUGCCCGCCAUCAAGAAUAGACACGCGGAUUUGGCUCAGCGAUUGCUUCUCUACGUCAAGAGGAGCGUAGCCAACGGCAGCGAGCCAUCCUUGACAUUCUCGGAUGAAUCAUCCACAACGACCCAAUUGGAAAAGUGCCCACUCCUGGACUUUGCUCUCCGGUACUGGGUGAAUCAUGUGAAGACUGCAUUUGGCUGCACCACAGACCAGGAAAUCAAUACUGCAAGCAAAGAACUCCGCCCCGUCAUGCCAACAACCCCAGCAGUGCCGCUGCUUGAAACGACCGUGUGGAAGAACAAGCCAACCCCGGCGCUGGUCAGCCUGCGUACACUAGAGACUAGCAUCUACGAGCAAGUCCUCACCAGCAACCACGCAGCCACUCUACAGGCAGUCCUCUGCCAGGCUCUUGCUUACCGGCCACUCUGGGACGUGUCACAGAUACAGGCAACCCAGGUUUUCUACCACGCCGUGAAGACCUGCCAGAAUGUUCUCUCCGUGCAGCAUGUCAUCACCAUGCAAGUCACCAAGGAAUUCUUGGAUAUCACCGCUAGUCGGGUCACGGCUUCUAAGACCGAUGUCAUGACGAAGCGGACUGAGAUGCUCCAGCUGCUGGUGGAAUGCUACAAGAUCCACUACGGCGCCACGAGCGAGGCGGUUGUUUCGGCAUCGACGCAGCUGUCGGAGCAUUACAAAUCAAUUAAGGAAGAUCACAAGGCGCAGGAAGUUUUGAAUUCAAUUCAGGGAACCUCUACAGAGAGCCAUACCCGGUCAAAGUCCCUGUCAACCGAUGAGUCGUUGCUGGUGCAGCUCAAUGGCCGCCGGGAGUCGAUCCAGGAGGGCACUGUUCUCGCGCUAAACGAGAAGGAAGAAGAUGAUCUCCUUUCUUGGUCCUACAGCUUCGACGCCAUGAUCAAGCGGGCUGAGAAGUUUACUGCCGAGGGCAAUACUAGGGCUGCAGAGCGCACAUAUGUCGAGAUCUGGCAGCGAACUAGCAGAGACUUCCGCUUGCAACGAUCUUCACAAUUGGAAGAAAACGAAGCGUCUUCGGUUCUCUCGGGCUUCUGGGAGGAGUACGAGCACACCAUGUCCAGCUCCGAAGCGGUAGCCUCGCAGUUGAUGGAAGUCGCCAAAGUCAUGAAGUCCGUUGGAUUAUCGUGCACGGCUCUCAAUGUGUUCAAGAAGUGCGCCCAGAAUAUCAGUUCACAGAGUUCUCUACAUAAAGAGCUCCAGAAUCUUGCCCAGUCUACUUCCAAAGAAGUCAUGCAGAGCGCGGGAACAUCGACGUCAACAAUGACAGAGUCGAGUUUGCAGGAGAUGGUCUUUGGCAGUACAUCUGCGUCCGCGUCCAAGAAGGAUCAAUUUUCUUCGACGGCCACAACAACCCUCGUCCAGAUGUACAUCUCCCAGCACCGCUGGCGCGACGCCACCAAGACCCUGAAGAAGAUCCUGCUAGUAAUCUGGCCCGUGCUAUUCGUCCCCUCCGUCCACGACGUCGUCCUUCCGUCCGAGAACGUCGAGCACUGCGUCGACCUCGCAGAAAACCUCAAAAACUGCUACCGCUACCGCCACCGCUCGGCCAAAGAAGAAGACGUCUGUCUCCGUCUCUACCACGCCGUGCGCCGUUCUCGACCCGCCGGUGACAAGCUGCUCGACCGGGUGACCAAGGAUCUCCUCCGCGUGUACGAGCGCACAACGCAGACAGAAAAACUGAUCCCCAUCCACCAGGAUAUUCUUAAUGACUAUAGCAAGCGGUUUGGAGAGGGACAUCCGACUGUGCUUCGGGAGUUGCGGGUCCUGGCUGAGAUGACGCAUUCGCGAGCGGAGUCGGUUGACUAUUAUUCGCGCAUUUUUAAGGCUUUGAAUAAAGAUUCGAGUACUUGUCAUCGGGAUGCGUUUGAGCCGCUGAUUGCUGUUGUCACGGAGUUGUUCAACCAGGGACGAUUCUCUGACGCGCUGCAGCCGCUUACGGUGUUGUUCAAUACCCUACCGCACACGAACGUCAACCCUAAGCUUCGGGAUCAGACAUUCGUGAAGUCGGUCUUUGAUAACUACGUGCAGUGCCUGCGGUUGGUCCAGAGAGACGUCCAUGUUAUUCACGACGUGGCAGCUCAGUAUCGGAAGACGUGCACGACUGUUUUUGGAGCAACGGCUUCAAUCACGAUCCAGGCCACGCAGACGCUGGCCAACAUCUGUCGCGAAUCUACGAAGUACGAGUCCGAGGCAGUGCAACUCUACGAAGAACUGCUCAAGGCACAGUCGAACGAAGUAGAGAUCGAUUACGAGGACAUCCGGGCAACACUGGAUGCAAUCUACGAAGACCAGUGUGCUUCUGUCUCCUCAUCCACAGAGUCCGUCUCCAAAGAGCAGAUGAAGAAGGUAAUUUCGGUCCGAAGUCGACGUCUAGCAACUACCCGGUCAACCAAUGGCUGGGCACACCAAGAUUCGCUCUCGCAGAUGGACGAGCUGGUUUCCCUAUAUGCCAAGCGAGGCGAAACACACACUGCUGUCUCGUUUCUCCAAGAAGCAGCCAUCCAGGUGCUGGUGACAGAGACCUCAACCAUGAAGCUGACCGCUGCCGCCAAACACAUCGGCUCCAGCUUCAUAGAAGCAGGUCAAGUCCACCGUGCUAAGGAACUCUCGCAGGAGAUCUAUCGCCAGAUCGUCGCCAAGGAUACCGUGAACAUCAGCACUGCCAAGUUUGACUUGACUGUCAAGCAUCGCCAGACUCUGGCCUUCCUGGCUCAAUUCGAGUACAGCAUCCGCGAGCGAGAGGAGUCAUCACUGACAGUGAACGAGAUAUACUCCUCGUUGACAGCUGAGUAUCUAUACUUUGAGCAGUUCAGGGCGGAAAUCAGUUCCGCGAAGGCGAGCAGUUUCCAGAGUGUCAUCGGGACUGUGUCUCGUCUACAUGGAUUCCUCCGUUCUAGAGGCCGUUGGUCCCCCGCCGCGAGACUUGUGGACCAAAUCACCAACUACUUCGUCUCAACGCAGAACGAGAAGGUCCAAGUGAGCGCCAGCCAGGCAAAGGUCUUCAUCAGCACACUCCUGGAAUACUUCAGUACACACUCAUCGCACGACUUCCUCCGUUCCGUUGCCAUCGCCAGCUACAACCGUGUCGAACAGCACCUCUCCUCAAAAGACUACCAAUCCGCCUGCGACCUAGCUUUGACCUCAUUCAAAUUCAUCCGCGCCCACGACGGCUUCUCCUCUUCCAUGUCAAUCAUAAAACUAGGCUUCAAGCUCGGCCUCACCGUUUCCGGCCGUGACAUCCAACCCCGUCCCGAUCCCUCAACUAGAAAGAACAUGCUCAACACUUCCGCAAUCAUCAUGACCGAUAUCCUGAGCUACUGCAAACUCAAGAAGAUCGAUCUCUCCCAGCUCGACCUCCUCAACCUAAAUAACCUAAUCGGCCUCCUAGACGAGCAGAAGGACUACAGCACACUGGAAUGGGUCCUCACCUCGCUGUGGAACAGUCGCGAGCGGCACGCCCCCUGGCAACAACAAUCAUCCUACACCCUCGCUCUCGGUCGCAUGCUUGUUAUCACCCGCUACCUGGUCGGCGAUUACAUGGCUGCUAUCCGGCUGGCCGAGGAUAUGAUGUACAACAGCGCUCGCGUACACGGGCCACGUCAUCCAAGCUCCAUUGAAAUGACCAUCCUGCUUUCCCAGAUGUACACCAGCGUCGCGCAGGGGUACCAGAACCAAAAGGACCGUCGUGACCUCGCAUACAGAUACUACCGUAAAGCUGCGGGCUUGCAUGAGAACGCCCUCCGGGUCUUCAUCGACCCCAGCGCCACCGAAAUGGUCGAAGCCGCCUCAUCGGGCUCUGAGUCUGAACCGGCCAGUCCCGAAGAAGGGGCCGAAGAGCGGACGGGAAAGUAUGUCCGGAAGCAUUUGCAUCUGCUUAAACUUGCUGUGGAGCGGUUAGGGAACUGGCCCAAGGAAUACUCUGAGUAUGAGAGAUUGAGUUCGGAGCUGUUUAGUGUAUUUGGGGGUGAUUUGAAGGGGAUUGAGGGGGUUGAUAAGUGGAAUUUGAAGAAUUUCGGGUCUGGGAAAGCGGAGGCCAGUGAUGAUUUGAUUUCGGUCAAGUCGUACCCCGGGAUGGGGUUGGAGGGACAUGCUGUUGCUGUUUGA